UACAAAUUCUUCAUCACAAAGUCUCCCCGUCUCUAACACCAGUACACUAGCAAGCAUUGAGGACAUAUAUAUCGCAUCAUGGCUUUCUAUUACAAACCCUUGUCUCUCUUCUUGUUCCCUCUUCUCCUUUCUUGCUUUGCUAGUGUUUUCUUGAUACCCUUGAUUCAAGCGACCAAGAACGGUGGCAUCACCAUCGACCUGAUCCAUCGGGAUUCCCCCCUGUCGCCGGCCUACAACCAUUCUCAUUCGCAUUUUGAGCGUUUGAGAAGCGCGUUCAAUCGUUCUUUUUCACGUAAGUCUUCUCUUAGGCUGACUUCAGCCUCAAAGUCUCCAGAAUCCUUUCAGGGUACACUCACUCCUAUUGGUGGGGAGUACCUGUUGAAAGUUCAAAUUGGAACUCCACCGGUGGAACAAUUCGGGAUUGCUGAUACGGGUAGUGAUUUGACAUGGACGCAAUGCCUGCCAUGUACUCAGUGCUACAAGCAAAACAUCCCGCUCUUUAAUCCGAGAAAAACCAAGACUUAUAGAAGAGUUUCAUGCCAAUCCGACCAAUGCAGUGCUGUUGGAAGCGCUUCUUGUGAUAGUAGGAAUGCCUGCCAGUACCAGGUCGCCUAUGGGGACAGAUCCUACAGCAUUGGCGACCUAGCUGUCGAAACCUUCACAUUCGGUUCUUCUUCCGGGGAAAACGUCUCAUUCCCUAAAGUCGUCUUCGGCUGUGGCCACGAAAACGACGGGACCUUCAGCGCAACAGGUUCGGGAAUCAUCGGCCUCGGCGGUGGCUCUCUCUCCAUAAUCAACCAACUCGACACGUCCAUCGGCGGCAAAUUCUCUUACUGCCUGACGUUUCUCGACUCCAAUAUUUCCAGCACGAUAAGCUUCGGCAGCAACGCCAUCGUCGGGGGACGUGGAGUCGUCUCAACACCCCUGGUCAAGAAAUCACCCGACACCUUCUACUUCCUGACACUGGAGGGCGUGAGCGUCGGGAGGGAGAGGCUGCGGUACAAAACAUCCAACUCCAAGGCAGCAGUGGCGGAUGAGGGCAACAUCAUCAUAGACUCAGGCACGACGCUGACGUUCCUCCCAUCAGAUCUUUACCAAGAACUGGAAUCAACCCUGGAGAGAAGCAUCGAGGGAAAACGCGCGACGGACCCGCAAGGCGUGUUCAACUUGUGCUAUGAACUGCCGAGUGAUGGGGAGUUGAAGUCUCCACCCAUAGUAGCCCACUUCACGGGUGCGGAUUUGGUGUUGACAGAAGGGAGCACAUUCGUGGAGGUGGAGAAAGGGGUUGUGUGUUUGACGCUGGUGCCAUCACAAGAUCUGGCAAUCUUUGGGAAUUUGCACCAGAUGAACUAUAAGAUAGGGUAUGAUCUUGUGAAGCAGGAGGUGAAUUUCCUGCCUACUGAUUGCUCCAAGGCCCACUGAUCCCUCCACAGCCUUUCUCAUAUUAAUAAACUUUGAAUCUGGGUUCUAAUUUUUCUUUGAAUUCUCAAUGCUCAAUUUCUUGUAAAUUUCUUAAGAAUUUUUUUUAUGGUAUACAGUG